UCGCGAGAGGAUGUAUGACAGCCUCUUUCUGGACUAGCAGGGCAAUUACCAGUGAAGCUAGAUAGCUAGCAACGAAGAAAGGGGCCAAACUUAGCUGCACCCCCACUCUUAUCCUGGCACGCUGUGUCCAGAGCACCCAUUAACCUCUCGACGGGAGCAUCCAAGGGCUAUACAAGUCGAUUCUAGCUUCGAAGGGUUGCGGUCGAUAAAGGUUCUGCCAUCUUUAACUGGGUUGAACUUAUGGGACAGCACGCGACUAUCUAACUUAGCUUCCAAAUAAGCUAGCCAAACACAGUCGCUUGCUAGUGGUUCCAGCUUGCUACAAGCAAUGUUGGCUUGCUAAGUGUACUGUGAGAAAUAUGAUGGCUGUGGUCGUCAUAUAAUUGUUUCUAAAAAGUUUGCUUGCUAGUAUUGGAAAGUGUCGGAGUUCUUAAUUCAGUUUACUGACCAUACACUGCUUGUUGCUAGCCAGCCAACCUAGCCAGCUAGACACCUUAUCACCCCUGUCAUUAGACUUACAGUAUUAUCGAAGAACACAUUUUGAUCGCAAGUGCCUUAUUGAGUGUUUGUCAAUUUGUUACUUUACCGCUACAAACUGUGGCUCGACUGAACAAGUAUUUAGUUACUCUUAUUAGUGAACAUGGCCUCUAAAAAGAGACCAGUGCCCUUAAUCUUCUCAUCCACCAGCGAGGGACUUUCCACUUCCACCAACAUAAAUGCAGCUUCAGAGGCAAAUCUGGAGGCAUUACAAAAGAAGUUGGAGGAGCUCGAUCUGGACGAACAACAGAAGAAGAGGCUGGAGGCUUUUCUCACCCAGAAGGCCAAAGUAGGCGAAAUGAAAGAUGAUGACUUCCACCGUAUCUGUGAGCUUGGGGCCGGCAAUGGAGGUGUGGUCAACAAGGUGUGCCACAAACCCUCAGGCCUGGUAAUGGCCAGGAAGUUGAUUCACUUGGAAAUAAAGCCUGCCAUCAGAAACCAGAUCAUCAGAGAGCUGCAGGUGCUGCAUGAGUGUAACUCCCCCUACAUAGUGGGCUUCUACGGGGCCUUCUACAGCGACGGAGAGAUCAGCAUCUGCAUGGAACACAUGGACGGCGGCUCUCUGGACCAGGUGCUCAAAGAGGCCAGGAGGAUCCCAGAGGAGAUCUUGGGUAAAGUCAGCAUUGCUGUUCUGCGGGGUCUUGCCUACCUGCGAGAAAAACACCAAAUUAUGCAUAGAGACGUGAAGCCAUCUAACAUCUUGGUGAACUCUCGUGGGGAGAUCAAGCUGUGUGACUUUGGUGUGAGCGGCCAGCUUAUUGACUCCAUGGCCAAUUCCUUUGUUGGCACAAGAUCUUACAUGUCGCCUGAGAGACUGCAGGGCACCCACUACUCUGUGCAGUCGGACGUGUGGAGUAUGGGACUGUCUCUAGUGGAACUGUCAAUUGGUCGCUACCCCAUCCCUCCUCCUGAUGCUAAGGAACUAGAGGCCAUAUUUGGGCGUCCCAUCCUUGAUGGGACAGAGGGAGAAACACACAGUACUUCCCCCCGGCCCAGACCCCCUGGGAGACCUGUCAGUGGUCACGGCCCUGCAAUGGCUAUCUUUGAGCUGCUGGACUAUAUUGUCAAUGAGCCUCCUCCGAAGCUGCCUCAUGGAGUUUUCACCUCCGACUUCCAUGAUUUUGUGACUAAGUGUCUCAUCAAGAACCCGGCAGACAGAGCUGACCUGAAGAUGCUGAUGAACCACACGUUUAUCAAGCGCUCUGAAGUGGAGGAGGUGGACUUUGCCGGCUGGCUUUGCAAAACUAUGGGAUUCAACCAACCCAGCACUCCUACUCACACAGCAGACUAAACACCCCCUCUCUUACACACACACACACACACACACACACAGAACAUGGGCAGACACAUGCGCACUUUCCUUGUCGGCCACCUCCCUCAGGUGAACUACUGAAGGCUUGACUAUGACUUGGCAUCGCCCCAUCCCUCAUAAUUCCGAAGCUAUACGUAAAUGUGACUUUCUACCAUGUCUGAAGAAAGCCCAUAAUUCAACUGUGUUGAAAAUCCACAAUUGGGACUGGAACCAAUGUGCUUUGUGUCAGUGAGGGCAGAGUUCUCUGUCCAUGAGUCAAACACGCUAGAACUGUAGUUCUCCCCUCCGAGGUUUGUUUGUAGCCUGGGGUCACUCCUUUCUGCUAGAUAAUCCCUAACCAGUUGUAAGGGACAGAGCAAUUAGUAAACACAGAUCUGUCAAACAGUAUAGAGAUGGCGUUUUCAGGAUUGCCAUUUUGCUCCCAAUUACCAUUAAUUUGAUAACUCCCCCCAGUAAUGCUUAGUGCCAAUAUGGAGAACCAUUUGAGGGUGUCUAUCUGUGGCUGUAACAAGAGGACUACUGAGGCUAUUUGUCUUGCCUGCACUAUAUCUGCCUGCUUCGAAAAAUGUAUGUUUCCUGUGAGAGUUACUACAGAUUCACAUGAAUGGUUAGGAUUAAGGUUUAGUUGCUGUAGCCUGAAACUUGGUCUGUGCUUACUUGGAGCUUACCUGUAAAACAAUUUCCACACUACCCUGUAGCUUUUGUGCAAGUCCAACAUCAGAAUAUGUUGACAGUCAGAUCCCACGGAGCCCAGAAGGGAUGAUACAAAAGACAUGGUCUCCUGUUCCAAAACACACAGCUCCUAACAGCAACAGACACAUCUACAUAUGUACACACACAGUAUACAACAGCAACCACUCAUGCUCUCUUUAUACAAUUAUCUUUCUCUUCUGUUUCUUUUCUAUGUCAAUGAUUUGAAUACAUCUGUAUAAAAAAACAGUGCUUAACCAGCAGCAGCUGUGUCACAUUGGUCGAUUUUCCUUGGCUGUUGGUACUAAUGCAAUCAGUUGUAGUUAUCAUGGGUUCUUUAUGGGAAUGUUUACACACCUUUGCGAUAUAGAUAUGUAUUAUAUCUAUAUAUAUAUAUGCAGAUGUUUAAAGAUCAGUUUUUUGGGGUAGGUUGAUUGGGUAUUGUUCAUUUAUCAGGGACCCUGUUGGGAUGCUGAGAAACAGCACUGAUUAUGGUGUAUUUUUGACGACUGGCACUCAGGGUUGAAAUGUUCUCAAACAAUUUGUUUUGUGUUGGUUUAUCUGCAUCUGAUGCUUAAUCUGAAACAUCAGAAAUGUUGGUGCUGCAGAGCUAGCCUUGUUGGUAAGACCUACUCUUGUGUUUGGUUUCACUUUUGUAGGAUAAUUCAGACUGAAAUCCCAUCAGGCUACAGCAGAACAUCAAGCUAUAGUUAAAUACCAUCAAAUACUAGAUGUCCCAACCUUAAAUGCACCCUGCAUCAUUUUACCUCCCGUACAAUGUUCCUUAAACCCCUAAACUAUCUUCCCUAUCCUCAACCAUACCAUUCAUCUGCAACCAUGUGUAGACAGUGCAGGUGUGUUUUAUAAGUGGUGACAUACACACUGUCAGUGUGUGUGAGACAGCCAGUCUCCCUCCCUGUACAUUCACCACAGGCCAGAGUUACCAUGGGAGUUUACCUCUGAAGCCUCUUGCUCUAUUAGGGUUCUUCUCAAUUUUCUCAGUAACGGUUUAAAGAUGGAACAGUUCAUAUGAUGAAACCAUCAAAAGCUUUGUCUUUAAAAAGUCGUAAUUGUUAAUAAAUGUUAUGUAUAUUGUCACAA